UGGGAAACGGUUCCAGGGAAAUGUCUUGGUUUUCAAAUGUUUAAAUUCUAGUUGAUGACCCCCUUCAAUGGAGGUUGGUCUUAGUUAAAGGGUGAUAUUAGGUUGGACCAUCAUUGACCCAUUUCCUGAUGAUAUGUAAAGCUUUGCCCUGAUGGACUAGUUAUUCAGGACUUGGCUCAGACUCAUUCCAUUUGUUUUCUGAGAACUCUGGUACUGUUAAACUGAGCCAGACUUGACUUGGAGGCCAAACUUUAUCACUCUUUACUAAUUGUGUGGUCUUGGGGCAAAUCAUUCCCUUCAAUUCUGUUUUUCAUCUGUCAAAUAAGGAUACUUCUUCUGUCUACCUUCCAAAGCUACUGUAAUGACAAUGGUUUGUAGAUUCAGAGCCAGAAAGGGUCUUAGAAACCAUUUACUCUCACCUCUUCCUUUGACCAAUGAGGACAUGGAAGAACAAUGGCUAUGCAAGCAGUAGUAAGUGGUAGAGUAAGGAUUUCAGAGAAUCACAGAAUUUGAACAUUGGCGGGGACCUCGGUUACUCUCUAGUACGACUCAUACACUACAAAAUACCUGAUAAGUGCUUGUUGGGAGUCUGCUAGAAGAUCUCCAGGGCUUGGGAAAGAUGAAGGAAGCAUGGACCACCUUUCCUGGGAUCAGGACCUCAGCAAUUUUCACUCGUUGCUACUGGCUAUGUCCUCAAGAGCCAAACAACAAGAAGUCCUCUCUACAGGGGAGCCAUUCAGAUACACAACAUCUCUCAUGUUCCCUUGUCCCAAUCCUUUUUUCCAGGCUAAAUUUGCCCAGUUCACCAGUUCUCCUGUCGUAGAAUCAAGAUCCUCACCAUCCUAGUUGCCUCCAUCUUCAGCUUAUCAACUAUUGGAAAAAGAGAAAAGAUGAUACAAAGAGCUAGCGUGGCUCCAUCAAGAACAGGUCAUAAGCUAAAAUAAUUUUCCUUUUAGACAGGAUUACUCAACUAAUGAAUGAGAGAAAUGCUGUGGAGACAACUUAGCCUGGGUUUUUCUUCUUUUUUCUAACCCUUUACCUUUUGUCUUGGAAUCAAUACUAGAUUUCAGUUCCAAAGCAGAAGAAUGGUAAGGACGAGGCAGAUGAGAUUAAGUGACUUGUCCAGGUGGGGUCACACAGCUAGGAAGUGUCAGGUCAGAUAUGAACCCAGGACUUCCUGUCUCCAGACCUGAUGCUCUGUCCACUGAGUCACCUAACUGCCCCUUCAUCUGGAUUUUUAGCAAAGCUUUUCAUAAAAAAAAUAAUAAUAAAAAUUAAAAAACACUUUUCUUGUGAAGAAGAUGGAGAAAGGCACAUUCGACAAUAAAAUGGCUACAGAAAAUGGAUGGUUGGACCCGCAGUAGUUAGAGUCAAAUGUCAACAGGCAGGAGGUUUCCAGUGGAGUGUCCUGGGGAUCUAUGCUUGGUCCCAUGCUCAAGUUUUUGUUUAUGUAUUUGUUUUAUCGAUGACUUGGAUACUGAAAGGAAUAGAAAGAGCUCAACGAGGCUAGAGCACUGGCUUGUUGCUGAUAAGAUGGAAAUCUAGUAAGAGAAAUGUAAAGUGUGUUAACAUUUGUGUGUUAAGAAAAUCAGCUUCACAAGUAUAGCGUGGAGGAGGCAGUUAUUUUGAAAGGAGCCUGGGGCAGUUUAGUGGGAUACAAGUUCAAUAUGAAUCAGAGGUAUGAGGAGGUAGCCAAAAAAGCAAAUAUGAUCUUGGUCUGUGUGGAGAGGAGAGCUUCCAGGAAUAAGUCAUUUCACACUCUUCGUGACCCCAUUUGGGGGUUUCUUGACAAAAGAUCCUGGACUGGUUUGCCAUUUCCUUCUCCAGCUCAUUUGACAGAUGAGGAAACUGAGGCAUGCAGCGUUAAGAGAUGGCUAUCUGGUGGUCCCACUGCUAUUAAGUGUCUGAGAUCUUAUUUGAACUCAGGUUUUCUUGACUCCAAGCUGGGCACUCUCUGUUUUAUGGUACCACUUCGAUGUUGAUACAUGGGUUCUCUGUAUUUAGAGUAGUGUUCAGGUCUUGAACCACAUUCAUCAUUCUUUCCCCUACCUCAGUGAACAACAACAACAAAAAAAACAACACUUAUUAAGGCCUUAUUUCCAGGCAUUUUACUAAGUGCUGACACAAAUACAAGAAAACGGAACACACAGAGAGGUCAGGGAGGCAUGUUUUGGACAGAAAGGGAAGAUAAUAAUGCUGAUUAAAAUCAUGAUAAAAGCAAAUGAGAAAGCCUUUGAGCUCCCAGUCUGCCAACCACCAUACUUUCAUUACUUUCUCAUCCAGGGGCAAUGUGAAGCCAGCACCAGACAUGGAGGGUAUUGAAACCAAAUAGACCCAAUUGAAGGGGCACCUGAAGACCUACUGAAUCUGUGGGCAGCUCCCCAAGCGGAUGAUCUGGCCAUUGCCUUGGGCCACACCAAAGUCAUCCUGAGAAGUCUGGACCACAAGUACAGGCUGUAUAUAGGAAAGAUGUUUGAGAAAUGACUGGUAGACGGAUGAAUGAUGAGGAAGGAGAAACCCACUCUCCUUAUCUAUCAGAACUACAAAGAGGAAAGAGCAGAAGGUGGAGAACUUCCCUAGCUAACCCAAAGCCUUCUGAGACUUGAUCUAGAAUCAUAGAAGAUUAAAUCUUUUGCUUUCAUAACUGCUGAUUUACUAAAUCCUGGUCUCUGGCUGUCUGGAUGCUUUCCCCUUUCUCUGUGGAAAAGGUAUGCCUCAUAUACUGGCCCAAGCUCAAGACCUUGUAGGCUUUGCCCCCGGGACACUGAUCUCCUCAUCCAUGGCAAAGAUCAACAGCAGAGAUGUGACUUGGUUCCUCCCAGAUGAAGGUUUCAAAAUAAAAGAAAAAUCAAAUGACGGCACAAAUUCUAAAAUAAGUGAAGGUCUAUACAAAUGGGAGACGUUAAUACUCUCUGUUCUGUGGUCCUGUUAUGAUGGGGUUCUAAUUCUAGGUGGAUCUAUUUGCUGAGACCCACUUACCCUGUCUGGGAUAGGUAGGUGGGAAGAUGCAGUUGAAACAGCAUCUUAAGGACCUUUUGAGAUCUGGCUGCCUGAGUAACCCAGAAGCAGUCACCUCCCUCUUUGGGUCUCCAUCUCCUUGUCUAUAAAAUGGGGAGAAGUGGAUCAGGUGGUCUCUAAGGUCCCUGGUAGCUCUACAUUUCUGUUUAUGUCCAGAGGCAUCCCUUCCCCUCCCUCGACUCUGCUCGCUCUUAUUGUCUUUUCUCUCCAUCUCCUCCCAGACCCUAAAUAUAUAUAUACAGCUCAGUGAUCAGCAAGGAGACGGAUGGAGUUUGGGGGCCAAACUAAAGCCUCGGGUUUGGCUCUUGGGCUUUGGGUUCUGGAGAGCGAUAGCAAAUUCAUCCAAGUAAGAAGGCAGAUGUGGUAUCAUGGGAAGAGAAUGGAUCGUCUUGGAGUCAGAAGACCUGCAGAAAUAUGCUGGAAAGUACAAUGAUUCUGGAAUAUGAGUUUGAAUCUUCUGAUACUUUCUAUCUGUGUGACUGUAUCUGGAGAAGUUGGUUCUCCCUGUGUCUCAGUUUCCCCAUCUGUAAAUUGAAGUAGUUAACUGCUGAGGUCCCCUUCCAACUCUGGCUCUAGACCCAUGACUUGUGAGCCAGCCUGGCAGAAGCUCCCCUCUUUUCCCAGCUGUGGGUUUGGGGUCAUUGAGCUAUGGGCCCCCAGAGCUCAAUGAGUCUGCUUGCUGAUUCACUCCCUUGCUCAGCUGGGGCUCAGCAGGUUUCCUUUCAGAAGAAAGGUCACAGACCCCCCUCUAAUGCCAAAGAGAGCCUGGAUAUCAAAGUGCUGUCAAAAAUGACGAGAUUUUCCCAUUGGCUGGAAUUUCACAGCUCAGUGGCCAAUUUCUAAGUCAUGCGAGCUAAUGAUUCUCCAAUCCUUCUCUGAGCAGCUAAUGACCAGCUAACAGGCAGGGACUGGGAAGUGGCCCUGGGCACUUAGGGGACUGAGAUAAUGGGGGUGACCGCUGCAAUUAGGUGGCCCCCAAGCCAAGUCUCUUUAUUCUCACCGUGAUUAGGAGGUCAGAUAUUUGAAAAACAGAAAGUCAAUGAGGAUCCAUUUAUUCAGCUCUGGUCAGACGGUUGAUGCACAGUACUUAUACAUGUGGAUGGUAGGGGAGAGAUUUGGAGCUCUAACCAAAACCAGCAGAAUCAAAUUGCUUCAUCGAGUCACAAACGUUGGGCAAAGGGGGAGAGAAGGUCCUCACAUUGAGGUAAAGGAGGAACAAGAAGACAGAAGCUCCCCUUUCUGGAUUUUGGCGCCCAAAUAUGGAGUGAGGUUCUGCCUCUGGUUCUCAUUUCCAGUGGAUGCUGGGAGAUGAGCCAGUCGGGAAGUAGGUUAGUCGGUCAGUUAGUCGUCGAGGGCUUAUCAAGCACUGGUUCUUGGAGAGCCUUGCAAAAAGGAAUUGGAUGACUCUGCCCCAAGGAAUUCCGAAGCGAGAAGAGCUCCAUAGGUCAUUUCAAUUCAACCAGACUCCGUGCUAGAUGUUGGGGUACAAAGACAACCAAUCAGACAGCUCCUCCCCUCCAAGAGCACAGAUAAGGAAAUACUGAGUGUAUAGGGUUGGUUUGCCUCAGUCUUGGUGAUUUGGCAUCGAUCUGCUUUCAGUCCCAUCUUGUGGUGUCAUCUGAGUGCCUUCCAGGAAGCUAGUGACUCCAAAAGCCAGGCAUCAAGUGCAAAGUCAUGGAAGUGGGAGAUGCAAAUCCUGCUUUUGAGAAUGGUUAUACAGCCCCAUGUUAAAUAUCCGGUGUGAAUUAAGAAGAACCUUGGAUACAGGGACUAAUGAGCUUAGGUUAGAGGAAGAGGUGGGGGAAAGGUCCUAGGAUUUCCAUCUAGAAGAACCCUUUAGAAAUAAUCAAAUCCAGGGGGCAGCUGGGUUGCUCAGUGGAUUGAGAACCAGGCCUAGAGACCAGAGAUCCUAGGUUCAAAUAUGGCCUCAGACACUCUCUAGCUGGGUGACCCUGGGCAAGUCACAAUCCCCAUUGCCUAGCCCUUCUUCUUCUGCCUUGGAAGCCUUGGGGUUCCAAGGCAAAAGGUAAGGUUUUUAAAAAUAAAUAAUAAAAAAAUAUAAAUUAUCUAACCCAGGGGUUCUUAAUCUUCUUUUGUGCCAUGGACCCCUUUGGGAAUCUAGUGUAGCCUCUGGACCCCAUUCUCUGAAUCAUGUUUUCAAAUGUAUAAAAUAAAGUAUUUAAGUAUUUGUUUUAAGAAUGUAUACUAUUAAGAAUAAAAUAUUAAAGAAUCUCUAGGAAAGACUAUAAAGAAAAUUAAUUACAGUAAUAUGUAAUAUAUAAGUUAAUGAGUAACUAAUACAAUUUUCAAAAAACAAUUUUAAUUCAUUAGUCCCAGGUUAAGAACCCCUGAAAACCAAACUCUGUCAUUUUACAUAUGGGGAAACAAACAUGCAGAGAAGGGAAGUAACUUAUCCAAGAUUACACAACCAGGCUUUAGAAGCAGGACCUUGGUCCCCAAGACCAGGGUUCUUCUUCCUAGAUCACAUAAUUUUGUUUCAUGAUUCAAGGCAACCAAAGUACUUAGGAGGAGUGGAGAUCAGACUCUGUGGAGUCUGAGUGAAGUCAGGAAUGGGCAGAAAUGUCCAAGGUCCUUCAGCUUGAAAUCCAAGAAUGAGGAAACCACUUAGAUGGUGAUCCUCUGCUCUCUUCCAGCUGCCUGCUCUUUAAAUCCUUCAUGGCUCGAUGCUUAUUCUUCAAGCCCUUCUAAUGUGGCAUAUGAAGGGGACAGAGAGUUGAUAGUAGAUUGGACCACUUAAUUCUGGUGGCUAAAAGUGGCUCUAAGCUUCUGGAACUAUGAAUUCCUAAAAGGGGAGGAAAAGCCAAACUAACUGAAGAAGUCCUUUCCAAUUACCAUCCAAAACCAGUCAAGGUUAUAGGACAAAGUACUGAAUCCCCUUUCCUCAGCUUUCCUAUUGGUUCUAAGAAUAUAAUCCUCCUUAACCCUCCCAAGGCCAAAACAAGCCAGGAAACUUUUCUGUGAGCAAUUCAGUAAUUGGAGGGGCUACACACACACACACACUCUUUCUCCACUUAAAAAUUGAAUUUAGGAGUAAGGGGUGUAUGAGGGAGAUCUCUAGAAGAGAGGGGAAGAGAAGUUACAUAAAGCUUUGGAAUCUGAGGGACCCAACCAAGGGUGCCUGGAAGAGUGUGGGAGUAGAAUUAGAAAUGGAUUGAUCAUUGAUUACAGCUGAGCUAGUGGAAGUGGUCGAUGGAUGGGGUGGGGCAUGAGACAAGAGAAAGAUUGUAGGAUGAGGUAGGAGAGUUCAGGGUAGAGUGAGGGGGUGGAAGUUGGGUGAUGAGGAAUAGGGCAGAAGUUUAGGGCAGCUGAAAGGUACUGGACUGAGGAGUGUCCCAGGGGUUGGGAGAAGUCAAGGUGAUUUCAUUGGCUCCAACCGAAGCUGGACAGAGGAACUUGGUUCUCCUGGAAGCAGGGAUCAGAUCUGGAUUGACUCUUGGAGGAGACCCUAAACCUAACCAAGAAAGAAGAGGCCAAGUUUUGAAAGCUGGACUCUUUCCUCCCUUCUUUUUUUUUUCUUUUUUUUCAAUAUGGAAGAAGUGAGCAGAGAAAGCAUUGGCCUGUUGAGGAAGCCUUCUUUGGAUGCCAGUCCUCCAGGCUUAUCCUCUGUUGGAGCUGUUUUUAUCCUGCUGAAGUCAGCUCUGGGAGCUGGACUCCUAAACUUCUCGUGGGCUUUCAGUCAAGCAGGUGGUAUCACCCCUGCCUUAAUCAUGGAGCUGGUGUCUUUAGUUUUCCUCAUCACUGGUUUGGUUAUCCUGGGUUACGCUGCCUCUGUCAGUGGCCAGUCUACCUACCAAGGAGUGGUGAGAGUGCUCUGUGGACCGGCCAUUGGGAAGCUCUGUGAAAUCUGCUUCAUCGUAGAUAUGUUCAUGAUUUCUGUGGCCUUCCUGAAAGUUGUGGGAGAUCAGAUGGAAAAAUUGUGUGAUUUCUUCUCACAAAAUGAAACACUCAGUGGGAGUGUCUCCACUGUCCCUCAGCCCUGGUAUACAGAUCAACGCUUCACCAUGUCCAUUCUCUGUGUCUUCAUCAUUUUCCCUCUGUCUGCUCCUCGGGAAAUCAGCUUCCAGAAAUAUACAAGCAUCCUAGGUACACUUGCGGCUUGCUACUUGAGCCUGGCUAUUGUGGUGAAGUAUUAUUUGAAGAAUGAUGGCGGCCCUGAUCCUGAAACCCAACAGUCACUGAGACCUUCCUCCUGGCUUGCUGUAUUUAAUGUAUUCCCUACCAUCUGCUUUGGAUUUCAGUGUCACGAAGCCAGUGUAUCUAUCUACUGUAGCAUGUACAACCAAAACCUCUCCCACUGGACCAUAGUAUCUGUGGCCUCCAUGCUAGCCUGCUGCCUCAUCUAUUCCCUGACAGGGCUCUAUGGUUUCUUGACUUUUGGAGAUAAUGUUUCUGCUGAUGUCCUGAUGUCCUACCCGGGCAGUGACAUCACGGUCAUUGUUGCCCGAUUCCUCUUUGGUGUCUCUAUUGUGACCGUCUACCCGAUUACUCUCCUCCUGGGCAGGUCAGUGAUACAGGACUUCUGGUUGAGCUGCUCCAAUGUCUGGGGCUGUGGAGAGUGUGUAGACCCUUCAGAGACCUGGGUCCGAGUGCUAUUGACAGGCCUGUGGGUAGCCACUACGCUUUUGUUGGCUCUGUUUGUCCCAGACAUUGGGGAGGUGAUUAAAGUCAUUGGGGGCAUCAGUGCCUUCUUCAUCUUCAUCUUCCCAGGUUUGUGUCUCAUUUGUGCAGUAGACACUGAGAACCUGGGGCCAAGAAUCAGGUCCAGCUUAAUCUUCUGGGGUGUGGUCUCCAUCUUGGUUGGAGCCUUUAUCUUUGGGCAGAGUACCAGUUCUGCCAUCUUGGAUCUGCUCUAACUGUCUGCCUUGAAUCAGAUUGGAGUCUCCAGCUGGAUACAAAUGGGGGGAAAUGGAAUGGUCAGGGAAAUGAUAAGUAGAAAGGAUCCUUCUUGGACAAUUCAAGGAGCUUGGAUGCUUGCUGAGACUGCCCUGGCCCUGGGUCUCUUCUCUUGUGCCCACUUGUAUAUAUACACAUGUGUAUAUACAUGUAUAUGUGUAUGUAUAGAUGGUUUAUAGAUCCAUCCUUCCCAUCACCCCUUCCAUCUGACUCCUGAUAUUCUCAGGGCUGUUUUCUGGCUUUCUCCUUAGGCAGAAUGAUGCCCUUGGGCAGCCCUGCUUUCUACCUUGACAAGAGCCUGCCCCAUCAUACUGACCAGUAACCUUGGUGGUACUUACUGAAUGACAGGGUAGUUAAUAAUAGUUUCUGGAAUAUCAUUUUAUUAAAAAAAAGGAUAUAGACUAUCUUUAUGGGUAUAUGUAUAUAUACAUGUAUACACGGAAAGCCUAUGUAAAAGCAGGGAAUGAGUCCUCCUCCUUUUAUUUGUGUCCAAUUAAUAGGCAUUUAGUAAGUGCCUGCCAUGUGCUAGACACAGAAAAUACAAAGACACAAACAAAAGAACCCUGUCCUUAAGGAACCUUCAUUUCGUUGGGGAGGUAGGAACAGGACAACAUGUCCUCAAAUAUUUAUAUACAGAAUAAAUAAAAGGUAAUUUCAGGACAGCUAAGUGGCACUUGAAUUAGGAAGACCUGAGUUCAAAUUUGUCUUCAGAUGCUGACUAACUGUGUGACUCUGGGCAAGUCAAUUCAUUUUUUGCCUCAGUUUCCUUCUACAUCAAAUGAGCUGGAAGAGGAAAUGGCAAACCAUUGCAGUAUCCUUGCCAAGAAAAUCCCAAAUAGGGUAAAGAAAAGUUGAACACAACUGCAAAUGACUGAAUGAUGAGAACAAUUUCAGGGAAGACACCAAGUGCCUGGGAGACCAGUAAAGACCUUUGUAGAAUGUAGUACUUGAGGUUGGAACCAGCUUGUGAAGGGAUUCAAAUGCCAAACAGAAGGGUUUGAAUUUGAUUUUGAGGUAACAAGGAACCAGGACAGGGAUCAGACUUACACUUUAAGAACAUGACUUAGGUAGCUGUGUGGAGGAUGGAUUGGAAGAAAGAGAUUAGAAGUUGGGAGACUAAUUAUUUGGAGAAAUAGUUGGGGCCAGAGCAGAUGAUGACCUGAACUCUGAGACAGAUAGACAGACAGAGAGAAUGAAGGAAUGAAUGAAUAUGAAUGUAUAGAUGUAUAGAGGGAGAUAAGAGGCCAAUCAUUGUGCUUGUGAGUGAUCAUGUGAUGGUAAAAUUAAAGAGAUUUGGCAACUUGUUGGAUAUGAGGGAGCCUAGAGGGAGGGCGAGGAGUAGAAGAUGACUUCCAAGGUCAUGGGAGACCAGAAGAAUGGUGGAGUCCUUGAAAGAAAUAAGGAAGAUGGGAAGAGUGAUGGGUUUGGAAGGAAACAGUAAUGCAUUUCAGGUCUGUUGAGUUUGAGAUGCCCAUGGGUUCUCUGGACUGAAAUAUCCAAGAGGUAGUUGGUGAUGAAGAACUGGUGUUUAGGAGAGGAGGUCUAGAUACUGAGAUCUGGGAGUCAUACACAGCAGAAUAAUGAAUCCAUGGGACUUGAUGAAAUCAUCAAGUAAGAAUAUAUGUAGAAAGAGAUGAAGACCUGGGAUGGAACCUCCAUAGUCAGAGGGUGGGACAUAGAUGAUCCAGCAAAGGUGAUUUAGAAGGAGGAGUCAAACAGAUGAGAGGAGAACAAAGGGGAUUCAGUGUCACAAAAACCCAGAGAGGAGAGACUAUCCAGGAGAAGGUAAUUAACAGUGUUGAGUAAGUGAAAAGGUAUUUUUUAAAAUCAUUCAGAUACAAACAUAAAAGCCAAGAUGGUCCCUGCAUUCAAGGAGUUUGCAUCAUCAUAUAUUGUUGGUGAUUAGUAGGAAGAGAGGGAUACUUUCUUUGGAUAGUUAGCUUAGUUCUUGGAUAGUGCUUAAUUCAUUUUUAUUGAUUGAUCAGAUUGAUGAAUAGAAGCAAGGUGGGAUGGGGUGGGGAACAUAGAUUGACAUACCCUUUCCCAAGUGUAUUAACAAUAUUGAUUUGCUAAUUCAGAACUGGAAGGGGAUAGUUACAGGGGGAUAAAAUAAAGUAUGACUGGCACCUGUCUGAAAUAGUGGACUCAAAAGGCACUCCCCUUUCCAAACACCGGGGCCCUUGGUCUAGAGCUCUGUACAUGAAAGCUUCCUCAGGAAAUGGUUUUUGGACUUGGCAUAUAGGGCAGUUGGUGAAAAGAUGGCCAACUCAAGAAGAAUAAGAGUUGAGAAACAGUCGAUGGAUUUGGCAAUUGAGAAAUAAUUGGCAACUUUGGACACAGCAAUUUUAGUUGAAUGAUGAGGUCAGAAGCCAGAAUGCAAAGUGCUGAAUAGAGAGUAGAAGGAGAAGAAGCAAUUAGAAUAAACCACAUUUUUUUCCCUAGGUCAUUGACCAGAAAAGGAAGGAAGUCUCUUAAGGAUGUUAAGGUCAAAUGAGGCAAUAGGACUGAGUCAAUAGUUAGGGAGAUAUUAAAGAUUAGAUCAUUAUUAUUAGAUAUUAAAUAUUAAGGAGAGAUGGAUUAAUUGCAGUAGCAAUAUGCCAGAGGAGAUGGGUCAAGGGGAUAAGUGGAAGUGUGGGUCUUGGCAAGGAGAAGAGCCGCUGCUCUCUUUAUCUGAAACUUGAAAAUGAUGUCAAGGGGUCAUAAGAUGUAGAGCAGAGGAGGUCCAAAGGAUUUAACUUAGAUGUCAACUGGGAGGAUGAAUCAAUACUUAGAACUGUAAGAUCAUCGAUCUCAAGCUGGAAGGGACCUCAGGAUGUCUUCUGGUCCAGCCAGCUCAUUGAAUAGAUGAAGAAACAAACCAGAGAAGUUAAGCAAUUUGCCAUAGGUCACAUCAGAGGUGAAAUUUGAAGCCACAUCCCUUGACUCCAAAGCCAAUGGUCUUUCCACUGGACCUUCCUAGCUCCUUAGUCAAAUCCAGUCCAGCAUUUUUGAAUCCUGGAUUUAGAUGAAGGGCAAAGGUGUAUGCUUAUCACAUUGGCAGCUGACACACAAACAUAGUGGAUGACAGAAUCAGGAUUCAAAAGGUGGUGAAGGCAACAAACUAAAUCAGAAGGAAGAAAUUUAACAAAGAAAUGUCAAGUUGUACACUUGAAGUCUUUGGAAAAACAAUCCAGUAUAUAAAUAUAGAAUGAGGAGCCCUGGCUUAGUAGUUCACCCACUCCUGAGGAUUAUAUGAGUUGGUGAAUUAAUUCCAUUAGUUAACAUAGGGUAUGGAGGGCUAUGUGGAUAGAGAGCUGACUUCAGAGCUAAGAAAAUGUGGGUUCAAGUGUUCCCUCAGACACAAACAGGCUGUGUGACCCUGGGCAACUGAUUUUAUGUCUGGGUGCCCCCAUGCAACUCUCUUGAUCCACAACCUGCAGAGACUAGCACUGGUAGAGGGAACUUUCUUACCUAGGAGCUUGCCAUACCAAUGAAAUCACAGGUCCAUGACCUCUCCCCAAUGAUAAAAUGUUUCUAAAUUGCUUAAGGUUUUCAGAGCACUCCAUUUACUCUCAACCAAUCUGAAGUUGGUUGCCUAAGUGUUUUGAUCCCCAUUUGAAAGAUGAGCAAAUCAAGGCAUGGAAGUACAAGGGACUUAACUCUCCACUAGGAAGGGUGAGAGCCUGGUUUUGAGUUCAGUCUAUGGGUUCUGCUUUUUCCACUAUUCCAUGGCUUGUCUGAAGCUUCUGAGACUGACCACAAGUUCAGAAGGGACUAGGGUGGUAUGCUGUGGUGGCCAAAAGGAGAUGAAGGCAAUCCUAAGAAACAUCAUUUGGUAAUCCCUGGAUCUGGAUGGGACAGAGCUCACAGUGGCCGAGUUUUUAGGUUUUAGGAACCAUAUUUGUGAGGACAGCCCAAAUGGUAUGGAGGAGUCCUGAAACUCUGACACACACAUGGAGAAUGGUUGGAGGAACUGGGAAUGCUUAUGGCUUGAAGAAAGGACGUAGGAAAUAUGAUAGUUGCUUUCACACAUUUGGAAGGAGUUUAUGAAGAAUGGUGCAAUGUCAGAGCUAGAAGGGAACUUUAGAGAGAACCUGGGCCAACCCUCUCAUUUUCCAGAUAAUGAAACUGAUUAUGAUUAAAAUGAUUUGUCCAUGAACACACGGUAUGGAUUUGCAACUGGAACCCAGGUCUUGGGACUCCUAAAUCACUAUGUUUUCUGCCUCUCAGAAGGCAAACAGGCUAUAAUUGUGGAGGCAAGAGUGACCAGAGAGGUAGAUCUUGACCUAUGGAGAGAAAUUAACUGGGGCAAGCAAUCCAAAAACUAAAGAGGAAAGUAAAUUUUUGUCACUGGAAGUGUUCAGAUAGAAGCUGGAUGUCUUAGAGAUUAGAGUAGUGGGCUUGGAGUCAGAAAGACCUGAGUUCAAAUAUGGCAUCAGCUAUGGAACCCUGAACAAGUCACUUAACCCUAUUUGUCUCAGUUUCCUCCUCUAUCAAAUGGAGAAGGAAAUGGCAAACCAUUCCAGUAUCUUUGCCAAGAAAACCCCAAAUGCAAUCAUAGAGUCUGAUGUGGUUGAAAUGACUCAACUACAAUGAACCCUUUAUUGAAAAGAAGGGAUUCUCAUAUUUGGAUUAGGAGGGGGGUAUAAAGGGGAAAAGGGUUUAUUUUACAUAAAGGUUGGACUGGAUUAUAUUUAAAAUAGGGUUGCCAAGAAUUUAUUCCACAGAGAUUUAUUUACAAUUUAUUUAUGAAAUAUAGAAAGAAUGAAGUAGGAAGUCAGAGAGAGGAUAGGGUAAGAUAUCUAGCCUAAGCACUAAGUAAUUUUCUCCUGGCCCCUGGCUCAAACCAGGCAGGGAGAGUUACUCCUUAGCUGGAGAGGCCUUGGCAAAACUGAGGAACUGGAGAUGUCUCUCCCAAGAGGUGGGUCUCUCCUGAGGCUAGUCUCUUCAGAACAUCCAGGAAAGGAGUCAACUUUUUCACUUACCACAUGUCAGGCCAAAGGAAGUGAUUCAAGGACAGUUUCACUAGGAACAGGGACUCGGGUCCAGUCAACAGAUUCUUCACUCGAACUCAGAACUCCAGAAGAUGAAGUCCAAGUUGAACUCUACUCAGGAAGUUGCAACUCCCUUUUAAAGACACUUUCUUUUGCGCCACUUCCUGUGCCUUCCCCUAAUUUUUCGUCUACCAAUCAGUUGGUAGACAGUUGAAACUUUGCUUAGGACAGCCCACGGGGCAGUCAGUUUGAUUCUGAUUCACCACCCAUUAUUGUACAUGUGGGUCACAGACCUCCCCACUAAAUGAUUAAGUGGGAUGUUUACACUUUUGGUGAUUAAAUCGAAAAAUGGGCAGGGGAGUUAAUUUAAUUUUUCACCUUUGGGGAGAGUUGAUUUCAUUUUCACAAUCAGGGGAGAGUUCAACUUAAUCUUUACAAAGAGAAGUAGUUUAGAUUUCAAGACUUGAAGUCCCUAUAUGCAAAAGGACGUUUGACCAAGAAUGAUAGAGAAUUUGCUUAACGGAAAAAUCCAUGUGCCCCCAAAGUUGCUCAAGCAAAAACCCCAAGAACUCCUUUAUUUGAAAAGAGCCUGAGUGAUUCCAUUAAGAAAUGCAUUCACUCUCAAGCGCCUGAUACACUCUUGCCCACCAGCAAUGCUCAUUAUCCUUUCUUCAAGUAUUAGCCCAACCUCAGAGCUGUCUCAAGCAUCAACUCGAGAACUCGAUCAGAGGGAAAUGUCUUCCAUCUGCGGUGGCCUGAGAGCAAAGCUGCUAGCUAUUAUUGGCCAGCCCUGAAGUCUGUCCCCGGGAUAAUGCACAGUGACAGGGAGGUCCCCCCGAAGUGCUUUUUCCUUUGGUCUGAUGCCCGCACUGAUAGAAUGAUAGCAUUAGUCUACCUGCUCUCACCUACAACCCUACGGGGCAUUUUGCUCAUUUAAAAAAACUCAUCUCUUCUGUCUUCAAGUCAGCACUAAGUAUUGGUUCCAAGGCAGAAGAGUGGUAAGAGUUAGGCAAUGGGGUUUGGAUAAGUGACUUGUUCAGGGCCACAGAGCUAGGAAGCGUCUGAAGACAGACAUUUGAACCCAGGACCUCUCGUCUCAAGACCUGGCACUCUCUUCACUGAGCUACCUCACUGCCCCUUGCAUUAUGUUUGUUUUACAAAUGAGGAAAUUGAGGCAUGGGUGGGAGUCUACACAGCAGGUAAAUGUCUAGCCUGGGAUUCAAAUCUCCAUCUUCCUGACUCCAAAGUCUGCCAACUGCUAUUCCUUCCUCUCUCAGAUUACCUUCCACCUACUCUAUCCUGCAUGCACCUAGUUAUCUGUGUAUUCUCUCUCUCACUAGAAUUGGAGCUCCUUGUGGGCAACAACUGAAUCCUGCCCCCCCACCCCCCACCUUCUUUAUAUCUCUAGCAUUUAGCAGAGUGACUGGCAUAUACAUAGUAGGUACUUCAGUGCUUUUGGACUGAUUCUCUACAAUCAUCAAUGGCCCGUUGGAGAGGAUGGGGCUAAAAGUUGUGGGCAGGGGCAGUUGGGUGGUCCUGGAUUCAGACAUUUCCAAGCUGUGUGACCCUGGGCAAGUCACUUAACCCCUAUUGCCUAGCCCUUACUGCUCUUCUGCCUUAGAAAUGAUACAUAGGAUUAAUCCUAACAUAGAAGGGUUAAAAAAAUAUUGACAAAAUUUUACCAUUUAUGCCUGUGGACCUCCACUUCUACAAAGAAGGAUGGUUGGGUUUGUUAUCUCUAAUUUAGGGCCAAGUGUUUUGUCUUUUUUUAAUACUCAGGCAUGCAUUGUUACAGGCAAGGUCAGACACCUCCUAGCAGUGUGAUCCUGGGUAAGUCACUUGGCCUCAUGGCCUAGCCCUUAUCUCCUUAUCUAUCUUCUGGCUUGGAACCAAUCCAUGAUAUUGAUUCUAAGAUGGAAGGAAAGGAUUUUAAAAAAGAAAAAAGUUGGAGGUAUUUUUUUUUUAAACUGAGUUAGCCUCAGACAAUCUCUGAGAUACGGCCUCUGAAGGAGAAAUUAUUCAGCAGGUGAAAGCUGGUGCUGCUUUUUUGUGGUUGAUGGGUGCCAUUUGUGGGAAGAUGGGGUUGAGAGCCAUCAGGACAGAAAGUGUUCAGAGCCAUAAAAUGUUAGAGCUAGUAGGAAUAUUAGAGACAGAUUGCCCUGAGCUAUCUUGAUGCCCAGAAUAUUAAAGGAUUUCGAGCUUAGACUGGUGUCUUAGUUUCUCUAAAACACUCAUUUUAUGGAUUAAAAAACUGAGGCUCAGGGAUGUGAGUUGAAUGGCAGAACUGGGACCCAAAGGGACCCAAAUCAAUGACAGCCUUUCUAGCUUUCCCCUGUUCGAAAGUCUGACCAAAGCUUACUGGACUGGCUUUGUUCAAGGGGAAAAGGUGGGCUCAGAUGCCAGAGCCCUUUCAUCCAAGAGAACAGAGCUCUCCCGCCAUCUUGUCUGAAAUAAUAGGAUGGCAGGAGUUGGGAGAACCUCCUCCUUACAAAAUGGAAUUGUUAGGCAUUUAUUUAUUAAAUACCCCCUGGAGCCAGGUGAUGUGGCAGCUGCUGAGGAAACAAAGGCAAACAGGAAACCUUCCCUGCCCUCAGUGAACUUACACUUCCCCUGGAGGACAGAUCAUUUCCUUAUUUAAAAAAAAAAAAGGAGUAUCAGAAAGAACAGCAGGUGGAGUGUGAAUCAUGUAUUCAGUCUGUGUAGAAUUUAUUCUUUAAUUAUUUUUCAAUUAACAUCUAUCCUAUCUCCUUCCCAUCACCCUCCUCCUCAACCCUCAAACCCUUGUAAUAAAUAUGCAUAAU